AAACGGCUCCAAAAAAAUCAAGGGGAGUAGUUAAAUUUGCCAUUUCCACCUGAAUUUCGGGUUGGGCAAUGAAUGAGGGAAGUACAGGUGCUGCAGAAUUUGUGGGCUGCCAAUCGGGAUUUGCAAGCAUAUCCGGAAGGAUACUUGGGGCUCUACAGGCCUGUGUGCGAAUUCUUGGUUGUUGCGGGACAAUACUUGUGCUCGCCACCACACCAGCUUAUACUGCACUUAUGGGACUCGCCACGUCGCCAAGGUCAUACUGCAGUGCUGGUAUGUGAAAGACCAGGAUGUUCUAGGCCACUAGUACUCGCCAAAAGGUAGCAGUGCACUAAUACUGGCACUGCGCUG